AUGGCUGUGAGGUGUGCCUUUGAGAACUCAAACGAAGUGGGCGUCUUUGCCAUGCUCACGAACUCCUACUGUAUCGUGGCCCUAGGGGGCAGUGAGAACUUCUACUCGGCCUUUGAGAGCGAGUUGAAGCCCCAUAUACCGGUCGUUCACGCCACCAUCGGAGGGACCAGGAUACCUGGGCGAGUAUGUGUUGGUAACCGACAUGGUCUGCUGGUGCCUAGCAUUACUACUGAUAAUGAGCUGCAGCAUUUGAGGAACGCAUUGCCUGAGAAUGUUAAGAUUCAACGAGUGGAGGAGCGGCUGUCUGCCCUCGGCAACUGUAUUGUUUGUAACGACUACGUCGCCUUGGUCCACCCUGAUCUUGAUAGGGAAACUGAGGAGAUCAUCCAAGACGUGUUAAAGGUUGAAGUAUUCCGUGGUGCUGUAGCUGGUAACGUGCUGGUCGGCACAUACCUCACUCUCACUAACCAGGGAGGGCUGGUACACCCUAAGACGACUGUAGAGGAGAUGGAUGAACUCAGUCAGCUUCUACAGGUGCCUUUGACUGCUGGUACGGUUAACCGAGGGUCUGACUCGGUCGGUGCUGGUAUGGUCGCCAAUGAUUGGGCUGCUUUCUGUGGGAUGGACACCACUGCUACUGAG